GAUGAUUUACGGGGCGUCGACUCCGCAAACUGGCUGCAACGCCGCGACGUCGCCGACGUGCAGUUGAUCAAGUCAGAGACGGGAAUUUGUUUAUAUCUAUACCGCUUUAGUACUAAAUCAUUCCACUUAGAAUGUUGUAGUCUUUCAGUUUCCAGUGCUGCAGUUUUUCAUUUUUGUUUUACGCCCUUACUUAUUAUUUAUGGCGAUAGUUGCGGAGCAAAAUGUGAUUUAACAAAAACCAACCACAGGUUUUGUUCUAUAUAUUAUAUACUGCGUGUGCCGCGUUUGACUUUUUUACCUAUUUUCGUUCAUAUACAUUAUAAAUUCAGAAGACUUAUUGAUUAUUUACACUGCGAUCAUCUGCUUUCUUCAAAGACUAUUAGUAAUAAGUAGCAGAGCAAACAGUUUUUCGCUCGAUUUUGACCUAACCUCAACUGGUCGAUUACUUGCUACAUCGAAGAUUCUCCACUUACUGACAAAAAUGGGUUGUGCAGCGAGUACUAAUGGCGAAAAGGCAGCAGCUGAAAGAUCCAAAAAAAUCGAUAAGGGUCUUAGAGCAGAUGGUGAGCGUAUUGCAAAUGAAGUCAAACUUCUGCUGCUUGGAGCUGGAGAAUCUGGAAAAUCUACAAUUGUAAAACAAAUGAAAAUAAUCCAUGAAACUGGAUACAGCCAAGAAGAAUGCGAACAAUUGAAACCAGUCGUAUACAGCAAUACCAUACAAAGUUUAAUGACAAUAAUUCGGGCAAUGGGAUCUCUCCAGAUAGAUUUUGAAGAUCCUAGCAAAGUCAAUGUUGCAAGACAAUUCUUUACGAUAGCAUCAUCUACUGAGGAAGGAGAAUUGAAUGAUGAAUUAGUACACUUGAUGAAAAGUUUGUGGAAAGAUGGUGGUGUUCAAACCUGCCUUGGACGCAGUCGAGAGUAUCAAUUGAAUGAUUCUGCUGCUUAUUAUUUGAAUGCCUUAGACCGUAUAACAUUACCAAAUUACAUUCCGACUCAACAAGAUGUCUUGAAGACAAGAAUCAAAACAACUGGAAUUGUAGAGACACGCUUUUCAUUUAAGGGAUUGCAAUUUAAGAUGUUUGAUGUUGGCGGCCAACGUUCAGAAAGGAAGAAAUGGAUCCAUUGUUUUGAGGAUGUGACUGCUAUAAUUUUCUGUGUAGCUAUGAGUGAAUAUGAUUUAGUACUUGCUGAAGAUGAAGAAAUGAUGCGAAUGAUUGAUUCAAUGAAGUUAUUCGAUUCCAUUUGUAACAGUAAAUGGUUCGUUGAAACUUCUAUUAUUCUCUUCUUAAACAAGAAAGAUAUAUUUGCGGAGAAAAUUACUAGAAGUCCGCUGACCAUUUGUUUUCCGGAAUACACGGGACCAAACGCAUAUGAAGAAUGCGCUUCCUAUAUUCAAAUGAAAUUUGAAAAUCUCAAUAAGCGUAAAGAGCAGAAGCAAAUGUAUUCCCAUUUUACGUGUGCCACUGAUACAAACAAUAUUCAAUUUGUUUUUGAUGCUGUUACAGACGUAAUUAUUCAAAAUAAUCUGAGUAGUUGUGGUUUACUAAGCUAAGCAUUUGUACUGAAAGUCACUUUGAAUUAUGGAACUUCAAAGUAUGCUAUAAAUUAAUUGCCUUAAUAAACUCUCAAAUUACAACAUAGUUUACAUAUAAACAUAACUUGCUAGCACAUGACGUGAAAGACCAAAUUACAGAUAUCAAGCCAUUCCAAUUGAUUGAAUAACACUCCAUUUUUCGUUUUAUACAAUCGCGAUUAACUUUAUAUUUUACUGAGAUAUUAUAUUAAUCAUGAAUGAACAUUCAAACAUUUACUAUGUGAAAUAAUUGAAUUAAAAUUUAGCAAGUCUUUAAUAUCACAUUAUGACAAUUAAAUUUAAAUGUAUUUCCAGUAAUUUUGUUCUUAUUUAAUUGAAAUUGCCUUUGAUUAAUUAUAAUCAAAACGUGGCAAACUAUUAUUAUUAUACUUUAUAAACACAAUGGUGCUUAAUUGAUAAAUGUCUCUUUAUAACAUAAGAAAGGAACAAUUAAUACUUAGAAUCAAAUGAAUCAAUAAUUUUAAUAUCUAGGAGUUUGAUUUUAAACUUUUUCUAUCAAUCUUAUAGUUUUAGCGUUCUAUAAUUUUGACACAUUUUUAAAAAUAUUUUUGUUCGUUUGUACAAAUUUUGAUAAAAAACUUUUGUAAGUAUUACCAUGACAAAAUGUAAACAAUGAAGAAUUUCAUAUUGUUUGGCAUUGUACAAUGGAUUUUUGUAAAUUAUAAUAAGUAUACACUAAGUAUUAUUUUCAAAUCGAUAAUCUGACGCACAAUUUACACAAAAUCAUGCUUGCCAUUUUAAGAAAAUAUCAUACAUAAGCCCAUGAGCAACGACUAAUAUUUUCAAUAUCUUGAAAUUAUGAAAGUUAAAAGACUAAUAGCACGAUCUGAAACGUUAAAACGUUUUAAUUUUACAAUGUAAAUACGAACUGCGUGGCCGUUUAUAUAUCUAAGAACUAACAUAUAUUGUUUUUUAUAUUGAAAAAAUUUAUUACACAUAUAAAUAAGAGAAUAUUAGAAUGUAUUUUUCAAGUGAUAUAUGAAUAAACUCAAUUAAGAAAUAA